AUGGACUUUUAUUCGAAUCUGCCGGCGGCGUCGUCGUCGAUUGCUUCGUCGAUCUUCCCCACUUUGUUCGAGGUCCUGUCUGCCGAUGAAAUAGACGAACUCCUCACGCCCUCUGUGCGCUACAUCGUGGCAAACUUGGUGGCUCGGAACCCAAACAAGCUCACCAUUCGCUUCAGCAACUGGUUCGACGAGUGGUUCGUUCUAGCAGCAAAGCUGACGCUGGAAUCGUACUACCUAAAAACCUGGGACGCAACGUUCAUAGAAGUGUUUUAUGGGCUCAAACGAAUAAAUGCGUCAGAUGCGGUCUUGCUACGGACCCUGCAGUCGAACCCGCCAGUCGAGAUCCCCAUGCGUCUUACGCGUUUCCAGAGGCGCGCAGUCUUGUGCGAAAAGGUGCUGGCACCCUACGUGGCUCUGAAGUUGGACUUGCUCCACUCUAAGCUACUCGCACGCUCGCUGCUUCAGCACCCCCCCGCCCAGGAGAUGGGCCAACGUGUGCGCGAGUCUCUCCGGACCCUUUACCUUCGAUUUUAUCCUCUUCUCAAAAAGCUCCUGUUUGUUUUAAACCUCGCAGUGAAGCUCUACUUCCUCUCUGGCAGGACCGGUUCAACAUCGCUGCUUGACCUCAUACUUAACAUACAAUACACGCGGCUGUCCAAGUACGACUACAGCCGCAACGAUCGUAGCAGCACUGCCCCGGGCCAGGCGGUGCGUUCGAGGCCCCAAAGGCUCAACAGAUCUGCACUACUCUUCCUUUGUAGGGCUUCCUUCUCGAAGAUCAAGAAUCUGCUGAAGCUUUCUGUUUCGCAAAUGCUCCCUGCUUUCAUAUUUCUACUAAGGGUGUUCCAAUGGUGGUCGUCGCAAGACCUAUCCGGCGAGAUUCAGCGCAGAUUGAACAAUAUCGACAAGGAUAUUCCCCCACCGCCCGGCCGGUUCGAAAAGAAUACGGAAGGGACCUGCCGCAUCUGCAACGGUCCCAUCCGCAACCCCGCGGUCAUCGGAACAGGCUACGUCUUCUGCUACCCUUGCAUCCUCGACUACCUGCCGCAGCAUGAGGGCAAGUGCCCUGUGACGGGAAGUCAGCUACUGGGGUGCCAGUACGACAAGGACUCCGGCCACUGGUCCAUAAAAGGCGUUAGAAAACUACUUCUGUAA